GCCUGUCUUCAUACAUGGAGACACCAUUGUCAGUGACUAUAACCAAAUCAUUGAAUACUUAGAAACCAACUUUGUGGGUGGUAAGUAUUAAAACUCUGGAUGGAGGUAAGACUGUCAGUCACAAGACAGAGACAAUGAAGUUAACUUGAAUCUCAUUAUUACCAUAUGUUAGGGUAUUGCACUGAGAGGCAGAGAAUACAAAGAUACAGAUUGAACACUGCAAAUUCUGGGGUAUGUACUAAAACAUUAAAUAUAUUACACCUCAGAAUUCAUGGCCCAUGAAGACUAGGUAAAUUACACGGGUUGAAGAUCUGACAGUGUGGUGGAGGGGAAUAGGUGAGAGAUUUGAGAAGCUUAAUGACCUGUGAAGAAAAACUGCCCUUUACACAGCUGGAAGCAGACCAAAUGUUCAGACACCCUUUGCUAGAUGGCAUUAAUGUGACGUACUCUCACAUGGGUGUGUGCUGUAUCUGAAAACAUUAUACUAUUGUGUGUCCACUUACCAAGCUUUUAAUAAAUGUCCAAAAUCAGUGGUAACUAAUAAUGCACUGGCCUGAAUUCGACUCCCUGUGGAGAGCUUUGUGCCCUGAUAUGCUGUUGCCAUUACUGAAAGUAAUGGUGCUAGAUUCUUUCUACAAUAGCGAGUUAUGAAUUACAACCCCUGGAAAAUAUUAUGGAAUCACCACACUUUGAGGAUCUUCACCCGACUUUUUUUUACUUCGUAGCAAAUAAACAAAUCACAGAUAUGACACAAAACAAUUUUUGUUUAAUAGCUGAAUAUUCUGGUUUUGUGAAACAUACCUCAAACAAAUUAAAUGAAAUUAUUUUAAGUAAUGACAUAUUUUUUCCAGAUCAAGUACAGCUAAAAAUGAUGGAAUCGCUCAAUGUUGAGGGAAAAAAAUGAUGGAAUCAUCUUGUAGUUUGCAUUUCUAAAACAAAUACCAGCACAAGUCUGAAAAUGCAAAUUAGUCUGCGGUUAAAAGAGAGGUUACAGACCGUACAGACCUUAAAAGAGUGCAUACAGACCUUCACCUUGGACUUUUUGAAAGGAAACCUGGCCCCAACAAGAGAGUUGUCAAUUGAAACAAUGGAAAGGAUUAUAAAACUCCUUCAAGAAGGAAAUCCAACAUGGACUAUGGCAAAAGAUAUUGGUUAUUCCCAGUCAGCUGUGGCUAAAAUUUGGUGCAAGUAUAAACAAAAUGGGAAUGUUACAAAAGGAAAACAUACGGGUCGACCAAGGAAGACGUCAAAGCGUCAGGACAGAAAACUCGAAGCUAUACGCCUUGAAAAUGCACAACAAAUCAAAUGAAAAACAAAUGGGCAGAACGAGGAGUCAAUGUUUGUGACAGAACUGUAAGAAAUUGUCUGAAUGAAAUGGCAUUUACGUAUAGAAAAGCCAAACGAAAACCAGCACGAACACUAACUAAACAGAAGAAAACAAGGUUACAGUGGGCUAAAGGGAUGCAAUCAUGGAGUGUGAAUGAAAGUGAUAUUCAGUGAUGAAUCACGAAUGUGCAUUGGCCAAGGAGAUGAUGCUGGAACUUUUGUCUGGUGCCGUACUAAUGAAACAGAUAAAGACGACUGCCUGAAGAAAACAAUCAAAUUUCCCCACUCACUUAUGAUAUGGGGUUUCAUGUCAGGUAAAGGACCAGGGGAGACCUCAACUGUCAAUGCACAGAUGUACACUGAAAUUUUACACACUUUUCUCAUUCCAUCGAUAGAAAACAGCUUUGGUGGUGAUGAAGUCGUUGAUCAGGAAGAUAAUGUAUCUUGCCACGGAACAAAGAGUGUUAAAGCUUUUCUUCAGGGACUCAAUCAAAUGGCCGAUUCAAUAGCCCAGCUUAUUCCAGAUGAAGGCACUCCCAUGCAUGCUCGGGUGAAGCAGUAUCGAGAGCUUCUAGAUGGCCUGCCCAUGGACGCCUACACGCAUGGCUGCAUCCUCCACCCUGAGCUCACCACUGACUCCAUGAUCCCAAAGUACGCCACUGCUGAAAUACGUAGACACUUGACCAAUGCAGCAUCUGAACUGAUGAAGCUGGACCACGAGGAGCCACAACUGACAGAGCCAUACCUUACAAAGCAGAAAAAACUCAUGGCAAAGAUACUGGACCAUGAUAAUGUGAACUACCUGAAGAAGAUCCUUGUUGAGUUGGCGAUGGUAUUAGACCAGGUAGAGGCAGAACUUGAAAAGAGGAAACUGGAAUAUCAAGGUCAAAAGUGUGAGUUGUGGCUUUGUGGACAUGACUUUACGCUAGCUGAUAUAUAUCUUGGAGCCACAUUGCACAGGCUCAAGUUCUUGGGACUUUCAAAGAAGUACUGGGAGGACGGCAGCAGACCCAACCUCCAGUCAUUUUUCGAGCGCGUGCAGAAGCGCUACGCUUUCCGCAAGGUGUUGGGAGACAUCCACGCCACCUUACUGUCAGCAGUCCUACCCAACGCAUUUCGAAUGGUAAAAAAGAAGCCGCCAUCCUUCUUCGGGGCUUCCUUCUUAAUGGGAUCUUUAGGUGGGAUGGGCUAUUUUGCCUAUUGGUUUUUAAAAAAGAAAUACAUGUAGUAAAUACUCUAUUACUGUGUUCUGUGUCAGUGAAUUUGUGUGAGGCUGCAACUUUUCUGUACCAGAUGUUGUGCAACAGCUGGAAUGAUGAUGCUGUGCAGAGAAAAACCCUAUUAUCUGAGUGAACGGAUUAAAUAAGAACAUUCCAUGACAAGGAAUUCUUCUUUUCAACACAUUUUCUGGUAAUCAAAGCUUACAUUUGUUUUUUUUUUAAAAUAUUGAUUCCCCUAUGGCUUACUAAAUGCCUUGUCAAUCUUUAAUUUCAUUUGCCUACAGUCUGAUUAUAGUCAGCGAAACGAAACGUCACAAUCUAAAUUAAAAGCACUACAAAUUCCUUUAUGUGGUAUGUGUUGGCAUUACACGCGUACUUAUUAUAGCAUGACCUAU